UUGAGUCUCUUAUUAAAAUAGUCCACAAGCCUUUCGCCAGCUCCCUUCUUUUGCUGUCUACUGUUUUCUUUUGCCGCCGCGUCCACAGGCUUCUCUACUCUCCAGCUCCGGCCAAGCCUUACAGGUAAGCUUGUGAAAAAAGAUGGGUCGUGUACGUACCAAAACAGUGAAGAAGUCGUCACGUCAGGUGAUUGAGAAGUACUACUCACGUAUGACUCUUGACUUCCACACCAACAAAAAGAUAUUGGAAGAAGUCGCAAUCAUCCCAUCUAAAAGACUACGCAACAAGAUUGCUGGGUUCUCCACCCACUUGAUGAAACGUAUCCAAAAGGGUCCAGUCCGUGGUAUUUCACUCAAGCUACAAGAGGAAGAACGCGAGAGAAGAAUGGACUUUGUCCCCGACGAGUCAGCCAUUAAAACCGAUGAGAUUAAGGUUGACAAAGAGACACUAGAGAUGCUUGCUUCUUUGGGAAUGUCUGAUACUAGUGGGUUUUCUACAGUUGAGCCACAAGCUUUUGCUGCACCCGGCAACAAUUUGUUUAGCAGGCCUGCAAAGAGAUACUAAGGAAAGAGUCUUAGAAAGACGAGAGAGAGAGAGUUUGGUUACUCGGUCUAGUAUGAGUUGAAUCAACAUAUGGAAUUUUACAGCUCUUGCUUUGUUUUUGACUUCUGUGUUUUGAUUUGGAAUUGCUUUAGUUGAAAAACAAUACUUAAUUUCGGAGAAAAUAUUUGGAGGUU